AUGCGCUGGACCACCGAGAACGAGGACAUUCUCUGGCACACCAUCUUCCAAACCCAAAGCCUAACUCUCGAGCUCGACAAAGUCUCUCAAGCCUGGCCCGGCAACGACAAACAAACCCCCAAAGCCAUCAAAGAAAAACUCAACAAAUACAGCCGAGCAGGAAAGAACAAAGUAACCUUCAGCAUGGGUCCUAAGAGCGCCACCGCACCCUCACCCGCACGCGCGACUGCUACUCCUACUCCUACCCCUCGCAAACCGCGCACGAGCAAGAAGGCUGCUAUUUCUGCGAUUCAGGGGAGCUUUGAUGCGAGUGGAGCUCUUGCGCUUGCUUCUGCGCCGGCAUUGACUACAAUGAGAGCGGAAACGGGGACGGGGGCGAAUAUUGGACGCGGACGUGGAAGACCUAGGAAGACAACUACACCUGCGCUUGCCAAUACGGAUACGUUGAGGAACGAGCUUGCGCCUGAGCAUGACGAGUCUGCGUUAAAGAGAAUCAAAACCACAGAGUCCUCGGGAAGAUUGAUCGAGGUUCAGAUCCCCGUCUCCCCAGACCCUACGCGCGUCAGGUCCGAUUCUGACAAGAAGAACGUUGGUCCUGGUUUGGGUUUGAGUCUGAAGAGCAAUCCUGCGUCUGUUCAGAAGGUCAAAGGACCUACUGCUACUGCCCUCGAGAAAGGAAAGAAGAGGAGUGCCCCGAGAAGAAGCUCCAGGAAGAUCAAGGUCGAAAACACGGAGGCGUAUGCUCGUUGCGGUGAGGUGGUUGAUUGCAAUGGAAUGUGCUGUGGUGAGCCUCGUUGCGUUUACUGCUUUGGGGAGUGGGAGGAUAGUUCUCAGACUUUGUUUUCUUGA